AAUGAAAGCAUAAACCUCAUGUCAAAAUAUGUUUUGCUUAAAUACUGAAUUAGACACGCAUUACAAUAUGUCUAUGUUCUCUUAAGAUUUAACGUCUUUCUGUUUUUGUUUGUUAGUUCUUAUUCGCUGGUUCUGCAGCACUGAGAACCAUUUUCUGUUACUUUGUCACAAAACAAUCGUAUACAUGUUUGUUGUAGGCCUAUUCUUAGUUUCACACGCAGAGGUUUGAGUUUUUUUUUUUUUUUUCAAACAGGAAGCUGCGCAGCAUCUCUCGCGCUCUCACACGCAAUCGAAUCAUUAGUAGCGCGCGAGGGACUGACACUUCGUUCUUUCUUUUUGUCUUUUUAAAUCAGUUUUACUGAGGGAACAUUGGCUUGAAAACUUGUCCAAUGAGUAAUUUUUACGAAAACAUCGACGGUCAAGAAGAACUGGACUUUCCAUUACUUUUCCUGUACAACCAACCCGACUUACCUCCAGAUGACCAAGUUGAUGACGCUGGCAUCCCCUCCAGUCAUGGUACCAAUCAAACUUCCCCAAUCGUUUAUCAAGACCCGUCUGUGUACGAUGAGGAGUCUGCGUGCCAGCUUCCCCACCAUCUCCCUACCGAUGACCUUCUCACGUAUGGGCAAUCUGAUUAUAGACACCCCUCCAUGCCUGCCAGCCAUCCUGGAGCGCCCCAAGCCAAUGGCCCGAGAAUUGAGAUCACCUGUCCUGACCUGUACCAGCAUGACCACGUCCACACCAACCCUGUGUACAUCACUCGGCCCAUGCUAGACAUCCCUUACAGGGAGAGCCAGUGCCUCAGUCCGGCUAGCAGCACCUCGUCUACUAGCUGGCAUUCAGAUGGCUAUUCUCCUGGAACAUACUCCCCGUGCAUUUCUCCUGGUGUUGGUGAAGGAACGCUAGCCGGAUUGACCGAAGCCGACCUAUGCCCGAUGAUGCAGGCCAUCCAAGCGUCUGGUUCUCCCAACACGUCCCCUCGCACCAGUAUCACAGAAGACACCGUCCUGGACCGCCGUCCCACCUCUCCACGCUCUCGCUCGGCUUCUCCGCAGGGGAAGCGCACUUACGCCGAAUACGAGACACAGAGAUCUCAAAGCCCCCGUUUUGGCCGGGACGAGCCCACCAAGUUCUAUCCUCCGGCAAACUUGGAGGAUUCCAUGAACAGCCUCAGCCACAGCUUGACCAAACCAAUCCCUACUAAGAUUGUCCGACCUAAUCUAGAGUAUGCUGUCUACCCGGAAAGCCACGUGGGCAUGUUCCCACCCAUGCCGGAAGUGAAAAAAGAAUUCGCUGUGGAAUCGUGCUAUUUCAUGCCUGCCAACUGGUCCAGUCAGGCUCUCGCAGGGGUUUGUAGUAUGCCAGUGGCUGCGUUGCCUGCUCUGGAAUGGCCUCUUCCCAGCAGCACUGAGCAUUAUGAGCUUAGGAUAGAGGUUCAACCCAGACAACACCACCGGGCCCACUACGAGACCGAGGGCAGCCGAGGGGCCGUCAAAGCAUCUUCCGGAGGACAUCCUGUCGUUCAGUUGCGAGGGUACACCGGGACCGAGCCGCUGGCUCUACAGGUCUUCAUCGGCACGGCUGACGACAGGAACCUCAGACCUCAUGCCUUCUACCAGGUCCACCGCAUCACCGGCAAAACCGUCUCCACCAACAGUCAGGAACGAAUGCUGAACGGAACCAAGAUCCUAGAGCUGCCACUGGAACCCAAGGAGAACAUGAGAGCUGUAGUUGACUGUGCUGGUAUCCUGAAACUGAGAAAUGCCGACAUUGAGCUGAGGAAAGGAGAGACAGAUGUGGGACGGAAAAACACACGAGUGAGAAUGGUCUUCCGUGUCCAUGUUCCUCAACCCAGCGGCCAGUGGAUCUCUCUCCAAGUGGUUUCACAGACUAUUGAAUGCUCUCAAAGGUCUGCUCAUGAGCAUCCAGUGGUAGAUCAUCAUGACUUGGACCACUGUUUGGUUCUGGGUGGACCGCAGAUGAUCCUUAGGGGCCAGAACUUCACAUCAGAGUCCAAAGUCAUCUUCCUUGAGAAAACGCAUGUUGAUUUACAGUUAUGGGAGGCUGAGGCGAAAGUUUACAGAGACAAAUGCACAUCUAACCUGCUGUUUUUGGAAAUCCCUCCAUAUCGAGAUCCCAACAUCUACCACCCAGUCAAAGUCAAAUUUCACGUUCUGAACGGGAAGAAGAGAUGCAGCCAGCCUCAAAACUUCACCUACACACCCCUCUCAGUGCCACAGAUUAAACCAGAGCCGGUUGAAGAAUACCAAUACGCACAGAUAGGCUGCACAGGGCGUCCCAUCAUGGGCGUUUCUCCUCCCUCUUGUCAUCUUGCAGACGGUUGCGUGAUGCCGGGUGGCUCGUCAUACCAGCGAGCUCACUGCAUGUACCCUGCUGCCCCACAACACACACCCAUGCGCUAUUUCCCGGGUCACACGGUGACAGGAGUCUUCUCCAGCUCGCCAGCUCACGCAGCAGGUCACCCAACCUCUGUGUCUGCAUUCAUACCCAACACCUACCAGCACACCAUAGCGGGAGACAGCUUCCAAACUGCUGCCUCUCUGUUUCCCACCCUGGAUGUCUCAGAGAUCUGCUCCGCCGCGGCCAAUCAGAAGGCGUACGGCUCGAGGGCGUCCCCAACCACAGGGAGAUCCCCUCCGGCCCGCAGCCAUCAGCAGACAUACCUGCCAGUGCAGCACCAGAGAAACAUAAGUCCUGUGAGAGUCACCAUCAAGCAGGAGAACCUGGAUCAGGCCAAUCUGGAUGACGUGAAUGCUGUUAUAAGAAAGGACCUCGUUCAUAAAAAUAAUCUCUAAUGUCAACUGUGGAAGAGAAAUCAUCAUCCUCUCUCUAGAUCCUGCAUCAUCACAGAUCAAGACAUCAAGAAUUGAUAUAUAUAUUUAAAUUUCUGGUUUUUCAUAUCUAUGAUUUGUACACAAAAAAAUUGACCAGUGAGAUCAUGUUAUAUGCAAUAUUAGUGUGAUUUACUGUUGUUUAUAUAUAUAAAUAUAUCAUGCCUAUUUUCUCAAAUCAUGUUUUUAUGAAAAUUUGACAUUGUAAGACAUAUUUAUCGGUGUGCAAUUUAAAUAAAAUGUUUUAAAGUCUGUUUUUGUUUUAAGUAACAAGUUGGAACUUGAGUAGAAAAACAAAAUUAUGGUCAGAUGAUAAUACUAAUAAAAGUGGAUGCUGAUUAGUUAGUAGUAGUUAAUAUUAGAUUGUCUAACAGCUAAGUCAAUCAUUUAAAUUCUGAUGUUUAUAUCAGAGUGCUUAAUAUUUUGUUCAAAAACUGUAGCUACCAUUUCAU